UGUAGAGCUUUGACUAUAAACAGCAUGUUAUAAUCUGAGAAAAGUGCUUAGUCAUGCUGAGAUACAAAUCCGUUUUGCCCAAGGGGAAAGCAGCCCGCACCUAGAAGUUUAUAAAAAGAUCGGUUUGUUUCCCUUGUAGGCUACUAAGGGAGACCAUUCAGCUGUGUUGCCUUCGUUUGGAGAACAUCAGUUGUUCAGCUGUACUGCCUUUAUUUGAAGAGCAUGUGUGACAAGCUUGUUGUGGUAUUUGGUGCAACAGGAGCUCAGGGAGGCUCUGUAGCAAAAGCACUUCUGGAAGAUGGAACUUUCAAAGUACGGAUUGUGUCUCGAGAUCUCAGUAAACCAGCCUGCAAAGAUCUGGAAAAACUUGGUGCUGAAGUAGUUAAAGCAGAUUUGGAUGAUGUAGAGCUACUCAGGGCAGCACUUCAUGGAGCACAUGCAGUCUUCCUCGUCACAAACUAUUGGGAGUACCAUGAUAAGGACAAGGAGGUGCGGCAGGGCAAGCGGUUUGCUGAUGUAGCUAAACAAGCUGGCCUACAGCACGUUGUGUUCAGCGGUUUAGAGAAUGUGUACAAACUGACAAAUGGCAAGCUGGAAGUAGAACACUUUGACGGUAAAGGAGAAAUAGAAGAGUAUUUCCGGCAAAUUGGUGUGCCAUUGACAAGUGUUAGACUUCCUUUCUACUUCGAAAACUUUAAGUCUGUCUUUAAACCAAAGAAGCUGCCAGAUGGAAGCGGCUAUGCACUUGGUCUACCAAUGGGAAAUGUUCCAAUGCAUGGCAUGGCUGUUGUUGAUUUGGGACCAGUGGUUGUCAAUGUUCUGAAGUCACCAGAGAAGUACAUUGGCAAAGACAUUGGCCUGACUGCUGGCAGCUGGACCUGUGAUGAAUAUGCCAAAAUAAUCUCUAAAUACACUGGGAAAAAUGUAGUAGAUGGAAAGAUGUCUGCAGACGCUUAUGAAAAGUUGGGUUUUCCUGGUGCAGUUGAUCUGGCUAAUAUGUUCAGGGCAUAUACGAUGAAUAUUCUUGUCCGUGACACAAAAUUAACUUCUCAACUAAAUGCAAAUGUCAGGAACUUUGAAGAGUGGGUGCAGCAUAACAAACAUGUCUUUGAUGACCUCUGAACUUUUUGUUUGUAUUUGGAUGUUCACACAUACACACAUGCACAUGCAUGCAUAUUCACACACAAACAUUCAAACUAGCUGUUGUUUUGCUAUAUUUCUAGUCUUGGACAUUUCAUUUUUAUACACGUUAAAAGUUUAUCUUACUGAAAUUGCUCAUAUUAAAAAAAAAAAAGAAAAAAGUCAUGUGUAU